GUCCAUUUCUUCUCAGUGCAGUCGCUGAGAAUUGUUCUCCGCUGCAAAUCUCAGUUUCCUGACUCGUCUAGUAUAUAAAGCCCCCCGAAAAUCUAGCAAAACACAUCCAACCUGAGACUAGAGCUAGCUGCUUUCCGGCGAGGAGAAGUCGUCAGCAAAUCAAGAACAGAGCCAGCCGCACGUGGGGGUAGAUAAACCGAGACAGCACGUGCUCGAUCAUGAACAACAAUGGCGUCAAGGUCACCUACAUCGAAACGCAGUUCGUCACCUCCGACGCCGCGAGCUUCAAGUCCCUCGUGCAGCGCCUCACCGGCAAGUCUGCCGAAGUCCCAGAGCCCGCGCGUCAGCUCCACCGGCCCAGGCCUUGCCGUCCCGGCACCGACGGGAGGAGCGCCAUUGCUGGAGCGCCAAGCUAUUCCAUGUCCAUCGCUGCGGGCUCGGCUAGUACAGCUCCGGAUGAAGUGCGGACGGCCACGACCGCUUCCAACGCCGUCGCCGGCGCGUCGCAGCCAUGCCUGGAUGAGAUGGACGGGCUUUGUGAUUAUUCUGACCUAUCGUACGUUGUCGACCCGGGCGAAUGGCGCCAUGGUGGUAGUUUCAGUGAUUUACUCUAUUGAAGUGUAAAUAUUUGGUUUGGAGUCCAAGAUGUACGUUCUAGCCAUUCUUUUAUGAAAUUCCUUUAUUCUCUGUACUUAUGUCUAUUGAUGCUUCGUAUUUGGGAGUUGGGAAUUGCAGUUACAAAGCUAUUAUAUACUUCUAUAAAACGAGGAAUAAAACAGA